AAUUUCUCUACUUAUUUUUGUUUUACUUCAUUAUGCCUUUUCAGGAAAGGACAUGAACAGCAUUAAAACCUUGUUCAUCAUGAAUGCUUUGAAUGACUCCAGUUUACUACAAAAUGCAUCAUUUGUGCGUCCAGAGUACUUUUUUAUCAGUGGAUUUUCUGGAAUACCUUACAGCCAGUACUACUUCAUUUUUUUAAUUUUUGUGUAUAUUGUCUCAGUGUGUGGGAACUCAUUUGUCCUAUUCAUGAUAUUAGUUGAUCGAAGCCUGCAUAUUCCUAAAUACAUGGGGAUCUUUAAUUUAGCUCUAUCAGAUUUUGGUGAAACAAAUGCACUGAUUCCUAAUCUUGUGAAGACUUUUCUUUUUGAUUCACAGUACAUAUCCUAUGAAGCUUGUUUGGCUAACAUGUUUUUUACUUUUUUCUUUGCUGGUGGACAGUCUUUAACACUUGUUGCGAUGGCAUAUGAUCGCUUUAUUGCCAUUUGCUUACCCCUGAGGUACCAUGCUAUUGUGAAUAACUCCUUCAUGUUUGCAACUUUAACAGCAAUAUGGUUACUUAAUAUUAUAACAGUUGGCACCAUGGUGCUUUUGAUUACAAAUCUUUCAUUUUGUAAGACCAAUGAGGUAAAGAGCUUUUUUUGUGACCAUGGGCCAAUUUUUAAAAUUGCUUGUAAUGACACCUGGAUAAAUGUCUUCAUGGCAAAUGUUUUUAUUGCAAUAUACCUCUAUUUACCAUUGACUGCCAUAGUCUUAUCAUACUUAGGCAUUCUGUUGGCCUUAACUAAGAUUACAACAUGGGAGGAUCGUCUUAAGGCACUUAAAACUUGUUUCUCUCAUCUGUUGAUAGUAGGAGUAUUUUUUCUUCCUGUAGUAAGUACAUACCUUGUCGCUACAAUAUCCUAUCUCCAUCCUAAUGCUAGGAUAAUUAAUACCUCACUAUCAGUAACAAUUCCACCCAUGUUAAAUCCCAUCAUUUAUGUUUUGAACACAAAAGAAUUCAGAGAAUUUAUAAUGAAAAUACUUAAAAAGAAAAACAUCACAGUUCCCCAGGUGCAGGCUUUAGAAAAGUGA